GUUCAGGUAAGCCUUCCCGUACAGGAUCAAGGCCCAAUCCCCUUCGCUCUGGGACUACACAAACAAACAAACGUAAUACGAGACCGCCAAAGCUUAGCGCUUUCAUAAAUCUACACAUAUUGAUCAAUCGAUACUGCCAUCUUCUUAAGCAAUUCAUCACCGCAAUGGGUUACGAAGACGAUCCUUAUCGUGACGAGGAUGGAGAGCCAUUGAUGGACUAUGACGACAUGCAAUCGGACCGGGAGCCAUCUCCCGAGCCUCAUCAAAACGACAUCCUCGAUGAUUUGGAAGACGACAUCGGGGACUUCCCCGAGAGGGAGCGGUCGCAGACUCCUGUUUACGAUAACGAAAAAUCGAAACCGAGGAAGAGGUUGGUGAAAAAGGUGGGAUCGAUUCCCAGGAGUGGUACGCCUAAUUUGGUUGAUGAGAAUGACGAUGAUGAGGAUAACUUUAUCGGGGAUGAUUUUGGGAGGGAGAUGGAGGAGAGGAAGAGGAAGAAGUGGGGGAAGGAAGUAAAGGAGAGUAGUAAAAGAGUAAAGGUGGAUAAGGAGAGGAGAUUGGGGAAGGCCAGUGGGUCUAAAUCUGGUAAGAAGGGAAAUAUGAAAGAUAGUGAUAAAAUGCUCAAUGAGAUGUGGAACGCUGUUGCACCGCCUGGAGAUUCUGAGGAUGAUCAGGAAGGUGUUAGGACGGUGGAUGAUGAUAAUUUCAUUGAUGACAGUGGUGUUGACCCUAGUGACAGGUAUGGAAGUGACAAUGAAAUGCGCUUUGCUCAUGAUGCUCCUCAGGCAGAGGAGGGUGAUGAGGAUGAGGAAAUCAAUGAGCUCUUCAAGAUGGGCAAAAAGAAGAAAAAGAAUGAGAAAAGUCCUGCACAAAUUGCAUUGCUAGUUGAGAAUGUCAUGGCUGAGCUUGAGGUCACUGCUGAAGAAGAUGCUGAACUUAAUAGACAGAAUAAACCUGCUAUUAAUAAACUCAAGAAGUUGUCUCUUCUUAUUGAGGUUCUCUCAAAGAAGCAGCUUCAACAAGAAUUUUUAGACCAUGGAGUGCUGACUCUGUUAAAGAAUUGGCUUGAACCCCUUCCAGAUGGGAGUUUACCAAAUAUAAACAUCCGUGCAGCUAUUCUGAAGAUUUUGACUGAUUUUCCAAUUGAUCUGGAGCAGUAUGAUAGAAGGGAGCAAUUGAAGAAAAGCGGUCUUGGAAAGGUUAUCAUGUUUUUAUCAAAAUCUGAUGAGGAAACCACAUCAAACAGAAAGCUUGCGAAGGAUCUCGUUGACAAAUGGAGUCGACCCAUAUUUAAUAAGAGCACAAGGUUUGAGGACAUGAAAAAUGUUGAUGAUGACAGGGUUCCUUUUCGAAGGCCAUCUGUUAAAAAGCCUACAAAUAAAUCUGCAGCAAUGGAAUCUAGAGAUGGUGAUUUUGAUGAUUUGGUUAUAUCUAGGGACCGCAAAUCUGGUCAAUCAUCUUCUGGGCAACAAGCUUCAAGGCAAGACUCAGCCACAAGGCAACAUGCAUCGAGACCAGAAGCAACCCCAUUGGAUUUUGUGGUGCGUCCCCAAUCUAAAAUUGAUCCAGAAGAAAUUAGAGCCCGUGCUAAACAAGUUAUGCACGACCAACGCCGAAUGAAGAUGAAUAAGAAGUUGCAGCAGUUGAAGGCGCCCAAAAAGAAGCAAAUGCAAGCUACCAAACUUAGCGUGGAGGGUCGAGGCAUGCUCAAAUACUUGUGAGCUGGGAAACAAGUGUGCAUCAUAAGCAAGUUACAGUACUACCAACGUGAGCUGAUGGGCUGAAAAUACUUUACUGUCUUGCACUUUGGAAGAUAUUCUGGUGAGCAGGUUGCCUACUUCAAGGAGCUUUGUCAGAAGAAGGUUUGAAAGCUCAAUUGUAAUGGAUGAUAAUGAUCAGGUUGGUUGAUUUAUAUAAAAGCCUUUUCAGCUUAAUGGCGCCUUUGUGAUGAAUUAGUGAUCACAGCAUGGUUGAAUCCUAUGGAUUGAAUGUAUCCUGAAUUCUGUUUCGGAUUUGAAUGUUAAAAGCCUUUGAUAUUUAUUCAGAAUUAUUGUUUUUAAAGAUUCA